AGUGAGGUAACUGCGGACGCUGCUCUUGUCUUACGCGGUCGUGUGGAUGGCAACAACAUUGCUGAAAUGUAUUGUACCGUAAAAAUGUGACAUGUGGGUGAAACCUACCAUUCUCUCCGUAAGAAACUCACGCUAAUAGCCUUAACGCUAACGACUAACCCUGCUGUUCAGCCUGUUAGCAUCCUUAGCUUGCGGCUAGCUGUUUUGUUUGCAACAAGUGUCAUAAGUCAAUCGAUAUUUAAGCGCUUUAUUGUCGGUGCAUGCGCCUAAAAUGGAAACGGAGUCGCCAAACGCGGUGGUUUUUAAUGCGUCAAAGAGAGAGGUGUUCACGAACAACAAUGGUUUCAAAACCAUGCAGAAGCGCCUCAGAGCUCAGUAUAAAAUCCUCAGUAUGAAGGAAGAACUGUCGAUGGAAAAGUUAAAAGGUGUCAAGUUGUGGAUAACAGCUGGACCGAGGGAGAAGUUCACCGCGUCAGAGUUGGAGGUGUUGAAGCACUACCUGGAAAGUGGAGGAAAUGUUUUUGUCCUGCUUGGUGAAGGUGGAGAAGUGAAAUAUGAUACCAACAUCAACUUUCUUCUGGAAGAGUUCGGAGUCAUGGUCAACACUGAUGCAGUGAUACGGAAUGUUUAUUACAAGUACUUUCAUCCAAAAGAGGCACUUGUUUCCAACGGUGUGUUGAACAGAGCGAUCAGUUGUGCUGCAGGGAAAGUGAUAAGUGCAGUCGCAGAAGAGGAAAACGGUGGUAACAAUGCACAAGCCCUCACAUUCGUGUAUCCUUACGGUGCCACUCUGAGCGUUAUGAAGCCAGCAGCAGCAGUUCUCUCCACCGGCUCCGUCUGCUUCCCCCUAAACAGGCCUGUCUUGGCCUUUCAUCAUGGAAAAGAAUCUGGCAAACUUGCUGUUCUGGGUUCUUGCCACAUGUUCUGUGACCAGUAUGUAGAUAAGGAAGAGAACAGCAAAAUCAUGGAUGUUGUUCUCCAGUGGCUUUUGACAAAUAAUAUACAGCUAAAUCAGAUUGAUGCUGAAGAUCCAGAGAUCACAGAUUACACCAUGUUGCCAGACACGGGGUGUUUGUCAGACCAACUGAGAGUGUGUUUGCAAGAAGGUGACGAAACCCCCAGAGACUUUACCUCCCUGUUUGACAUGUCUCUGUUCAAUUUGACCACUGACUCUUUACCCCAAGUCAUCAGCUCAUACAAACAACUGAACGUCAAAGAGGAACCCCUGCAGUUAAUCACGCCGCAGUUUGAGACGCCCCUGCCUCAACUUCAACCUGCUGUCUUUCCUCCAGCCUUGAGUGAGUUGCCCCCACCGAUGUUGGAUCUCUUCGACCUGGAUGAAACCUUCUCUUCGGAGAAAGUCCGGCUGGCGCAGCUCACCAAUAAAUGUACAGAUGAUGAUCUUGAAUUCUACAUACGAAAAUGUGGAGAGAUUCUCCAGGUGACUCCAAAGCUCGAUAAAGAUCAGAGAGACGCCAAGCACAUUUUGGAGCACAUUUUCUUCCAAGUUGUUGAAUUCAAGAAACUGAAUCAGGAGCACGAGAUGGAGGUCCAACCCCAGUUUUCACCAACUUGACCAAGUUACUUGUAAAUAUGUACAUUUUUUAAAGUUAAUGUAGUAUUUGCAUUAUAUUUAACCUGUCAUGUAAAAGCAAUUUGAUUUUCUAAAUAAAAUACAGAUAUUCAUUUAUUUUAUUCUUUAUUUUCAAUACGUUUGUACAUGCUCUCAACAUUAA